CCUCCGCCACUACUCGUACACACCUCUCUCUUUCUCAAUCCGAAAGAAUUGAGGGAGAAAAGACAGAGGAGAAGCUCGGAUUUGUCUGCCCUCUAGCUCUCGAGAAUCUCAGUGAUUCCCAAAAUUCUAUAUUUUUUUUUUCAUUUUCAGAAAGAGAAAAAAAAAAAAAAAUCCCAUUUUGCUUUUAUUGGGAAGCGAUUUUCGAAGCUUCAGAGCUCAAAAAUUUAUUUUUAUUUUUAUUUUUGUACGAUUUUCUGCAAUGAUUGAAUCGGCUAAAGUUCGUUUGGUUCGUUGCCCAAAGUGCAAGCAUAUUCUUCCAGAGCGUCCUGAUGUGCCUGUUUAUCUCUGUGGCAGUUGCGGUGCUGUUCUUCAAGGGAAAAAGAAUAGAAAAUCUGGCGUGGACACUUCAUCAGAGACGUCCAAUGAAGAAAGGGUUGAAAGAGUUUCCCUAAAUUCUGGGAAUUUAUUGGAAAAUGAAACAGAGAAUUUCAAUAACUUGAGUGACAUUUCUGAUGCAGAUGUCAAGUCAAAUGAUAGUUCUUCAAAUUUUGGUAAAAGGGGUUCAGAUGCUGAGAAAAGUCCGGAUCAUUCUAAGGACAGAGCUGAUAAAUGGGUUGUCGAGACUGCUCUUGAUACGAACACAAAUAGAGAUGAAUUGGGUGGUAUAAAAAUGGAAAAGGAAACUGGGGAAUUGAAGUCCCAUGUCCAAAAUGCAAGCACAUCCUGGAGAUCAGAGCGGAGUUCUAAUUGGCGAUUUGGGGAGAGAGGCGAGGUGGAGGGGUUUCGGAGAAACCCAAGAACAAAUAUUGGAGGAGGUAUGAGAUAUUCGCAAUCUACCUACUCAGACGAGGGACCAUCAAAUUAUGGUUAUGGAGAGCCAUUGAGGGAUGGUAGUAGUUCCGUAGAUGGAGGUAAUAGAGUUGAGUACUUUGGACAUGAUCCAGCCAGGCUUAUAAGACAACUUGACGAGUUGAAGGAUCGAUUAAAUCGUACUUGUGAUGUGACCGACAAACCUAAAGAAAAGGUUCCUUUAGAUAGGAGAAUGUUUCAUGAGGAGGCUUAUGAGGAUUCUGAGGCUUGGUUUCCAACUAGCUCUUCUGGACCAAGAAGGAGUUCAAUGCCGUUUUUCAUGCUAGACAAGCAUGUUUCAGAACCUCCUUAUUUCCAGCAUUAUACCAAGCCAUUUCCUUAUGAUAAUAGGCAUGAGAAGGGUAUGCAUGGCUCCUAUCCAUCCAUGCACGGUUCAAAUCAUAUUCCAGGAUAUGAGGAUGUUUUUGGACCCCAAAUGCUUAGGCAAAGACGACCUCCAGAUCAAGCACCAGGUCAUUACAGACAACAGCCACCUUAUGCAUACUUUUCAGGAGGAUACAUGGAACCUAACUCCAAUCCAUAUGAACCAUACCCCCACGACCCCAACCUUCACCAUCCUUCUUGCUCUUGUUUUCUUUGUUACACUAGACAUCAACAAGUUCCGGGGUCAAUCCCAACCAAUGCCUUAUUGAAUAGAAGGUUUCCUGACAUUCCAAAUGAUCCCAUGUCAUACCAUCGAGAAAAUCCUGUUGCAUUUGGUCCACGGGUUUAUAAUCCUAGAACUGCCAAUCCUCCUCCGAUGCCUUCUCAUGAUUCACAGUCCCACACAAGAUUGCCAAGUGACCUUAACACGCAAACAAGUGAUUUUGUUCACCACCUUCCCCAGAGGGAGGUUCUCCUUAAUGGCAGACACUAUUGCCGUCCCUUAGCCGGAGGUGCCCCAUUUAUAACAUGCUGUAAUUGCUGUGAAUUGCUACGACUGCCAAAGAAGAUACUCCUUGUAAAGAAGAAUCAACAGAAAAUCCGGUGUGGGGCCUGCUCAGCAAUAAUCUUCCUUGCUGUCAACCGCCAUAAAAUUGUUGCUUCUAUUCAUGAAGAAACAGAGAAAACUUCUAAGGAGAUUGAUGAUAGCACGAAUCAGCUAGUGGAUGAGCGCCCUUCAAAUUCACAUGGCCAUGUGAACCAGUAUAGCGAGAAUUUCUCUUCUGAUGAUUAUGAUAAUUCUGCAUAUGAUUUUCAGUCGAUGGAUAGAGAAGCUGGUUCAGUUCCAACAGAUCAAGGUUUGAACUCAAGGAAGCCUGAGAGGGUACAGAACCUCCAUUCAUCUCCCAGCACGCCUGAGAAUGAGGGUAGUCAAGAAGGUUUGAUUGCUCCAAGAGAGGUGGACAAUCCCCUUGAGCAGCCUAAGAAAGCUGUCCUGUCUCCACCACCUCCGGGUUCAUCUCUUCAAGAGCAUUUUGAUUAUUCUUCUAAUAAUCUUGCAUUGAACCGUUUUGGGAAUGGAAACCAAAGUAGCCGCUCAGAUCAUGAGAAGGUGAUACCAUCAAAGGCCAUCUCCCAACAAAGUUCAGUGAAAGAUGUAUCAGUGGCAACUGAGAUGGAGGUUUCAUUCAACGAGUUCUCGAAUACUGGAGUGUCCCAAGAUUCAGGGGAUGCAAGCAGAGAACAUGAUCAUCUGGGAAUCAACAAAGGGGAGGAACCAUUUUUAGCUGGCAUUAUUAAGAAGGACCUUAGGGACUCUUCUAGACCUAACCAGACAAUUGAGCAAGGCAGAAAUAUUGUUAUGGUUAAUGGGCACCUUAUACCAGAUCGUCUAGUUAAGAAGGCUGAAAAGCUAGCUGGAACAAUCCAUCCGGGAGAAUACUGGUAUGAUUUCUACGCUGGAUUCUGGGGUAUGAUGGGUGGGCGCUGUCUUGGCAUAAUUCCUCCAUUUAUUGAAGAAUUCAAAUACCCCAUGCCAGAGAAUUGUGCUGCUGGAAAUACUGGUGUUUAUGUAAAUGGGAGAGAACUGAACCAAAAGGAUCUAGAUUUGCUUGCCAGUAGAGGACUCCCAACUACCAGAGACAGGGAUUACACCAUUGAUAUUUCAGGAGGCGUUCAAGAUAGAGACACUGGUGAAGUGCUAGAGAGCCUUGGCAAACUCGCUCCAACGGUUGAGAAGGCAAAGCGAGGAUUUGGCAUGAAAAUUCGAAGGUCUGCUGCAUAAACAGAAAACUCAUUGGAAGUACCACGCCUUUCCAUUGCGCCUAACAUCUGGAAGAUCUUGAAGUUGUGCUAUGAAGGAGACUAGUAAAUACAAUCUCCUUGAAUUUUAUUGAAAGAAAACAUCUCUUUCAAUAACACCUGUACAAACAUUUCUUACCAUACCAAAAAUACAACCUAUAGGAAAUCACAUUUAGCUUUUUUUUUUUUUUUUAGUAGUAGUUUGAUUCGAUUGAAGUAAUCUGAUUUGUGCUGUUUGGCAUCUGUUUCUGUAAAUUAGGAAAAUUCUUCAUUCCUCAUAUUGUCUCAUUGUAUACUGUGUGGGUGCUACUUUUCUUGAAUAUAUAAAGAUAGAAGGAAUUUGAUUAA